AUGGCAGCCAUGGUGGGUCCAUCUACCCCUAUGGGGUGCGUGCACCCCUCCUCCGGUUCCUGCGAUCCAUUAGAGGAAGCAAAGCCGUCCAAGCCACGGCUCUCCUCUCCCAUGCAAACGCAACCCUUUCCGCCUCUCUCCCUCACUGACCGCAUCCCCAGGCCGCCAGCGUCAACAAAUCCCGCGGCAGUGCAAAGCUCCGCCGCAGCCGUACCCCCUCUCCCCCCGUCCCUUCACCAGAGCCUUUGCCAGAAGGUGCUUCAAGCGCGGGAUGCGCAAAGCAACAUCCCGUCAUCCUCUCCCCCCAUGUCACCCGCCCUGAAACCGCUGUUCCUCUCCCCCAUGUCUCCGCACACGCCUCCGCUUCCGCCGUUUGCGUCCGCGAGCCCUGUCGUCACGCCGUCGCUGCAUCCCGCGAGCCGAACGCCGCAGGCCGGCAGAGGAGCUCCAGGCGGCACGAAUCUGCGGCAGGCUGCUUCAGGCGCGGAUGAUCGCACGUAUGGCGGCAUGAAAGUCGGCAUGUACCAUCCGGAGCAGGAGAAUCUCUGCCGGUCGCCGUCUUGGCCGAGCCACAAGCGCAAGCGGCACGAGGUGCAGGACUGGUCGCCAGGCGUCCCGUGCGGCGCGCUCCGCAUGGCCGCCGGGUGCCCGUCGCCGCAUCGCCUCAGCAACUGCAACAGCCCAGUCAUGGGCGCGCAUGCGUCCGCGCGGCCAUUCGCGAGCGGAGGAUCUGGGGGCGCCGGGGAGGCCAUCGGUGGCAGUGGCGGCGACGGAAGCUACUCGCAGCCCUCCCUGGGUCACCAGUCGCACGGGCAGCCGUCGUCGCAGCAGCACGGCGCGCGCACCCCGCAGGUCCUCAGCCCCUUCAACCGUCCUCAGCCGCACCCUCACGCGCACCCUCAAGCGCACGGCGCGUCGUCUGCUCCGCAAGAUAACCGGCAGCACCCGUGCCCAUCUAACACUCCGCAACCGCCGAAUCCUAACUAUGGCGCUCAGCAGUCCGCGCCGUCCGGCGCGCCAUCGCCUGCAGCAGCAAGGCCGUGCCCGCCGUGUCCCUCCCCGCUCGUUUUCCCGCAGCAAACGCCGCACACUCCUAGCCUGCAACCCGCGCAAGCGCCCUCCGUCCCCUCCAGCCCCGCGCCGGUGUCGUCCCCCAGCCUCUCCGGGAAGCCUGCGCUCGUGCCCAUCGCUCCGCGGAAGAUUCUCCCCGCGGCCCCCGCGCUCCACCCAAGCGGCAUUCCGCCGGUGGGGCAGAGAGGCGCAAAGAUCCUCGGGCUCAUGGGUCUCAACGUCGCGCCCGGCGCGCUCCCCAACCUUAUGGCGCAUCCCCCGCAACUGGGGUCCAUGGGGGCGCACGCAGGCGGGGUAAUGGGCAUGGGCGCGGGGAUGAGCAUGGGUCCGCCUGGCUCGUUCCCCUCGUCCUCCCCCUCCGCUCUCUCCCGCUCCCAGAGCAUGACCACCAGCAGGGUGCCCGUUCUCCCCGGCCCCUCCGCCACUGCCGCCGCUAUUGCGCGCGCGCGCGCGUCAAUGCCGCGGAGCCUCAGUGCGCCGCGUGUGCUUGCUGUGAACGGCGCUCCUGCAGCUUUAACUCCUACUGUUACCAGCGUGAACGGUGCUGGUGGUAGCUUUGCCGCCGGCAGCAGCGGGGGAGGUCCCAUGAUUGGCUCGCCAUUCCUCUCGCCGUCCCUUGCCGGCAAGCCGUCUCACAUCGCCGGAAUCCGUCAGCUCUGCCAGUCCCCUGCUGUCGCGCAGCUUCCGCCACCCGCGCUUCCGAUGCACGCGCUGCCCCCGCUCGGGGGAUCUCCCGCCGUUGGCGCGGGGGGCGCUGCCGCGGGCAGUCAGAUGGGGGCUGGGGCGAACGUGGGCGGAACGAGGGCGGGUAGUGUGAACGCAGUAGCGCCAGCCAUGCGGCAGGCAGGCAUGGCCUGGGUGGACCGGCUUUCGAAUCUCGCGCACCAUCAUGCCAGCAAGCAGCAGCCGCAGCAGAAGCAGCAGCCGCAGCAGAAGCAGCAGCCGCAGCAGAAGCAGCAGCAGCAGCAGCCGCAGCAGCAGCAGCAGCAGCACAGCAGGCAGCAGCAACAGCAAGCUCAGCCCGUGCAGCAGCAAGAGCGUGUGGCCGCAGCAGCAUGCAGCUCCCCUGCAGUCCGUACGAGCAGUGUCACAGGCGGCAGUGCGGCAACGGAUGCCUCGGCAGCCAGCAGCUGCCAAGCGGGCAGCGGGAUCAAGGGAGCGAGUGCGGACGAGAGGGACAGCCGGGGAGACGCGGAGGAGCAGGCGAAGGCGGGUGGAGCAAAGCUGGCGGCAAGCGCUAGCCUGGCACAGUUGGAGAGCCCCAAUAAGCCGGUCUGCACCAUGGCACACACAACCCCCCCGCCGAUGCCUCUCCCACAACCUCCUGUGGGAUCUCGACCUCCUGCCGCUGCUCCUCCUGCUCUUGACGCUGCCCCCUAUGCGCCGUCCGCAGCUGCCUCUUCGCCGUUCGUCAUUGCAGCACCUGCUGCAGCUCUCCCCGUGGCUCAACCUGACUCCAUGCCUGCAGGCCUGGGUGCGACCCUGCCGCCCCUCUUCCCGCAUGAACUCAGCUACGCGGGCUGGUCUGGGGCAGACGAGUCGCUGGGCGGGGCGGGCGGUGAGGAGGAUGGAGCGAUGUGGACGGAUGCAGGGCUGAUCACAGCGGAGGACAUGGAGGCGACCGCGAAGGAGGUGCUGGAGUGGUACCCCGAUGGCUCUGAUGGUGCCUUCGUGGGCGGAGAGUACUACGCCAUGCCUGGCGACGCUGCCCCCGACCUCCCUGCGUUGCCUGCUGCCCCCGGGCCUGCUGCUGCUGCUGCUGCUGCUGCUGCAGUUGGUGUGUCUGUUGCUGAACCUGUUGCGGCAGGCUCUCUGGCUGUUCACACGGGUCGACCUGCAGUGGUGCAUGUUCCGAAUCAGCAGCCCAGCUUCAACGCCUGGCAAGCUCCUCUUGCUCCAUCGCUCCAGGGCCACUCCUGCAUGCCGCCACCUUCCUUUCAUCCCUCAGACGCAGCAGGAUUCACUCCCGCUGCAGGUGCUGCGGGCAUGGCAGGGUCAGCACAGGGCCAUGGCUUUGCAGCAAGGGGCGGAGAGCAGGGGAUGCAUAUGGAAGGGGGUGAGGAGGCGGUAGGUGGGCUUGAGUGCACUGACAGUGUGGUGGGGCUGUGGGGUGCUUUUGGGGAGGAAGAGAGGCCCCAUAGCGGGGCGCACAUGCUGGGCUGA